UUUUUGGUAGAGUACUAACCCGGGCUGGGGGUUUCCGAGUUCAGAAACAUGGUAUUUUGAUGAAAUUAGGUUUUUCGCGGUUGAAAAAUUCCCGGUUGCUGACUCUGCAAUGUGUAAAGUUUGAACUCUAAUUUUUGCAAAAAUUUUUUUUAUUCUUUUAAAUGUUAUAUAUUAUAUUUUUAUUCUAUUUUGUUUCGUUGCUUCUUUAUUUUUUUUUGUUAUUGAUCUUCAUAAAUUUAAAUCUAUCAUCUUUUUGAGAAGUUGAUUUCUUUACUACUUACAUAUUUUAACCUUGUUUUAACAAAUUAAUUUUUAUCUAGUUAAAUAUAAAUGUUUUCAACCAAAGUUAUUGUUCGCUCGUUUAACUCCAGUUCGCGAAUGUUUUCUCAAAUGGGUGACAUGGGUAGUGGCGCUGGAAAGGGAGGUGGAAGUGGAGGUUCAAUUCGUGAUGCUGGCGGUGCUUAUGGGAAGAUGGAAGCUGCACGUGAGGAGGAAUAUUUUCACAAAUUGAAGCAAGCUCAACUCAAGGCGCUCAAGCAACAAUUGGUCCGUGAACAAUCACACCAUGAGGAGCAAGCAAAACAUCAUCAAGAUGUGAUUGAACGACACAAGAAGCGCAUUAAAGAAUUGGAGGAGGAAGAAAAGUGA